AGGGACUACAGCGGGGAGCCGAGCGUUAUAUAGAGGUGUGGUGCCCACCUGUGCCCUGCCAGCCUCCUGUAGCCGACUAUCACUGACGACAAGUUUAUUGCCCUUUGGGAUUUAUCCUUCAGAUGUUGCCCCAACCCUGGGCAUGAAUUGGACCCAUCACCCGAAUAUACCCACUUCAUGUGGUUGGCAUCGCACGGAGAUCAUAGAGUAUUAUGUACCUACCUGUAACCUACCCAUGUGCCCCUCUCUGCCACCACAUCCAAUGACUGGCAUCACAAACUGAAGGAGGAAAGGGGCAGCAGGGGCAGCAGGGGCAGCAGGGGCAACAGGGGCAACAUGGAGAUGGAAAAGGACGUCCAACCCCUACCCCCCCGGUACAGGUUCCGAGACCUGCUGAUGGGUGACUGGCAGCCGGAUGAGAGGGUACAAGUAGAAUUUUAUGUGAAUGAGAACUCCUUCAAGGAACGUAUGAAAUUGUUCUUUAUUAAAAAUCAGAGAUCAAGUUUAAGGGUCCGAUUGUUUAACUUUUCUUUGAAGUUGCUGAGUUGCCUCCUGUACAUUAUUAGAGUAUUACUAGAUGAUCCAAGAGAAGGCAAAGCAAACUGCCUGGACUGCCCCAAACAGAACUUCUCUUCUCAACAUAAAUUUGAUUGGACUCCUAUUAUUUGGGUAAACAGACCGAUUCCUUUGUGGGGUCUUCAGGUUCUGGUUGCAUUGAUAAGUUUUCUGGAAACAAUGCUACUUACCUACCUGGGAUAUAAGGGCAACAUCUGGGAGCAGGUGCUGCGGUUCCCAUUUAUUCUAGAGAUGUUCAAUACCCUGCCAUUCUUUGUUACUGUUUUUUGGCCACCCUUGAGAAGCCUUUACAUCCCCGUCUUCCUAAACUGCUGGCUGGCCAAGCAUGCGCUGGAGAACAUGAUUAAUGACCUGCAUCGAGCUAUCCAGAGAACUCACUCCGCUAUGUUUAACCAAGUGUUCAUCCUGAUCUGUACACUGGUCUGCCUCAUGUUCACCUGUAUUUGUGGCAUUCAACAUCUGGAGAGAGCCGGCAAUAAUCUCACCCUUUUUGACUCCUUAUACUUCUGCAUUGUCACGUUCUCCACUGUGGGCUUUGGGGACGUAACGCCGAAGAUCUGGCCGUCUCAGCUUCUGGUGGUCAUCAUGAUCUGCGUUGCACUUAUAGUGCUACCUAUCCAGUUCGAGCAGCUUGUGUUCCUCUGGAUGGAAAGACAGAAGUCCGGAGGCAAUUACAGCCGAUACCGGGCACAGACGGAGAAACAUGUGGUGCUGUGUGUCAGUUCCCUAAAGAUAGAUCUUCUCAUGGAUUUCCUCAAUGAAUUCUACGCACAUCCCCGACUCCAGGAUCAUUAUGUGGUUCUCCUGUGUCCCACCGAAAUGGAUCUGCCAGUAAGAAGAGUCUUACAAAUCCCCCUGUGGUCGCAACGCGUCAUCUACCUGCAGGGCUCGGCUCUGAAGGAUCAGGAUCUCAUGAGAGCCAAAAUCGAUGACGCAGAAGCCUGCUUCAUUCUUAGCAAUCGCUUUGAAACCGACCGCAUCGCAGCUGAUCACCAGACCAUUCUCCGAGCCUGGGCUGUAAAAGACUUUGCUCCUAAUUGUCCUCUUUAUGUCCAAAUCCUGAAGCCGGAAAACAAGUUUCAUAUCAAAUUUGCAGAUCAUGUGGUCUGCGAAGAAGAAUUCAAGUAUGCCAUGUUGGCGCUAAACUGUGUUUGCCCAGCAACCUCCACCCUCAUCACGUUACUGAUACACACCUCUAGGGGGCAGGCAACCACUACAGAUUCAUUCCGCCACCGUCAGAGCCCUUGGCAAGCCCUUUCCAGAGACAAUCCCACGUCACCCGACCAGUGGCAAAGGAACUACAGCCGAUGUUCUGACAACGAAAUCUACCACAUACGACUAAGCGAGAGUAAAUUCUUCGGAGAAUAUGAAGGGAAGAGCUUCACAUAUUCCUCCUUCCACGCUCAUAAAAAGUACGGUGUCUGCCUGAUUGGAGUGGGACGGGAAGAUAAGGCCAAUAUUCUCCUGAACCCUGGGCCCAGCCAUAUAAUGUCUUCAUCUGAUACUUGUUUCUACAUCAACAUAUCAAAGGAGGAAAACUCAGCCUUCAGCUUUAAGGAGCAUGAAAGCAUGCAAAGAUCAGGGAUGCCAAAAUCUGCCUACCAUGGCCUGACCAGACUUCCAGUGCACAGUAUUAUAGCCAGUAUGGGUACAGUCGCAAUUGAUCUACAGGGGUCAAGAAGCCCAGAGAAUACAGAUGGUAAUACGCUAAGCCCACCCAAUGACUCCACCCAAAAAAGGAAGCACAGCAUUGAUCCUGUACCUGAUCUCAUUGAUGGUGACCCAAACACAACCUUUGACCUUCUGAGUGACCAGUCCGAGGAUGAGACCAGUCAGUCAGAUGAUGAACUGAGCUUGUUCAAUGACUGGGUAAAGGGGUACCCAUCAAACACUCCCUACAUUGGCAGCUCGCCCACUUUGUGUCACCUCCUCCAGCAGAAGAGUCCAUAUUGCUGUUUGCGUCUUGACAAGAGCUGCCACCAUUUCCCCUAUGAGGAUGCGAGGGCGUACGGCUUCAGGAACGCCCUGGUGAUUGUGUCAGCAGAACGAGCAGGCAAUGGGCUGUAUAACUUCAUAGUCCCUCUCAGAGCGUAUUAUAGAGCCAAGAAGGAGCUGAGUCCCAUCAUCCUUCUCCUGGAGAACCCGCCGGACACACAGUUCCUUGAAGCAAUCUGCUGGUUCCCUCUUGUCUAUUACAUGGUGGGAUCCAUAGACAAUCUGGAUGACCUGCUGCGGUGCGGAGUGAGUUACGCUGACCACAUGGUCGUUGUCGGCGAGGAAAGCUCCAUGAUUGCAGAGGAGGACUACAUGGCUGAUGCCCGUACCAUAGUCAACGUACAGACACUUUUUAGACUCUUUCCCGGGCUAAACAUUAUCACAGAACUGACCCAUCCGGCCAACAUGAGGUUCAUGCAGUUCAAAGCCAAGGACAAGUAUUCAGUGGUGCUGUCUAAGCUGGAGAAGAGGGAACGUGAACGGGGAUCUAACCUGGUCUUCAUGUUCAGACUGCCCUUUGCUGCUGGGAAAGUCUUCAGUGUCAGCAUGUUAGAUACCCUGCUAUACCAGUCUUUUGUGAAGGAUUACAUGAUCUCCAUCACGCGCCUCUUACUGGGUCUGGAUUCCAUGCCUGGCUCCGGAUUCCUGUGUGCUCUGCGAGUUACAGAAGAAGACCUUUGGAUCCGAUGCUAUGGGCGGCUGUACCAGAAGUUGUGCUCCACCACUGGGGACAUACCUAUCGGAAUCUUCCGGACUGAGACGCAUGUGUUGUCGGCUUCAGAGUCGCAGGUAUCUAUCAGUGUAGAAGAUUAUGAGGACACAAGAGAGAGCCGUUGGGGAGACACCAUCCAAAGCCGGGGCACACAUCGCAACUCUACAUCCAGCGACCACUCCGAGCAUCCAUUACUGCGCAGGAAGAGUAUGCAGUGGGCUCGGAGGCUGUCUCGUAAAGGGGCAAGGCAGCCUGGGAAAUCUGCGUCAGAAAGGAUAAGCCAGCAGAGAAUGAGUCUAUACAGACGGUCUGAGCGGCAGGAACUCAAUGCUUUGGUGAAGACCAGAAUGAAGCAUCUGGGUCUCUCCACUGCAGAGUACAUGGAUAUUAUGGACACAGAUAACUCCUUAUCAUAUAUCCUUAUAAAUCCUUCUCCAGACACCAAGUUGGAAAUCAAUGAUGUGGUUUACCUCAUACGUCCGGAUCCACUUACGCUUUCUCCUAAUAACGCUCAGAAGGCCAGCAGGACCCGAUCUGAGGGUCAGAUAUUUGACACCAAGGACAGCACUCAUCUAUGAUACCUCAUGGUCUUCACGGCUGAAGGGCCCGACGCCUUGUUUGGGAGAUCAGAAAGUCCUAUGUAUGAGAGACACCAUAAGGGAGCUGAAGACAUCAUGUCCACACCUUGACCAUCACCACGUCCCACUGAACCUUGGGAAUUUGUGCACAAGGCUCCCUAAGUAUCACAUCCUGGGACUUCAGCUCCUCCUAGACCAUUCAUUUACUUCUCCAAUACUGAGAGUAUCCUGAGAAGUGUCAUGGAGGAGGACUCUGUAGUAUGGACAGGAAGGAGAUCAGAGUUGGAAGGUCCUACAUAUUGACCAUCCAGUUAUCAGACAAGCCAAGUAAUUUAUUCAGUAAGCUCAGGUGUAAAGGUACCCGGCCAAAGGAAUUCUGGGAAAAAUAAGGGUGUACAUAAUACAUGACAGUUCGACCUCCCCAUCUCUAUAUA